GCAUCAGAAAUACUUACAUCAUCCGCCAUUUCCCCAUCUCAAUGGAAACAAACUCUGAUUGCUUUUGGCUUUUGUUUAUUGCCUCCAAAUGCGAGACUUUCUCAUGUCACAGCUCCAUUUUGCUUCUUCUUUUUCUUUGCAUGGGUUGGCUGGCCAUGGCCCUGUGUUUCUGGUUCUACCCUGGAGGCCCUGCCUGGGGCAAGUACCAUUGGCUACACAAAAGAGCCGCCACAAAUCACAGUAACAUCAUUCCAGGCCCACGAGGUUUCCCGGUGAUCGGAAGCAUGAGCAUCAUGCUCGGCCUAGCUCACCACAAAAUCUCUGCAGCAGCCAAGUGUUUCGGUGCUAAACGACUCAUGGCGUUUAGCUUGGGCAAUACUCGGGUCAUCGUCACAUGCAACCCUGACGUAGCCAAAGAGAUUCUCAACAGCUCAGUUUUUGCCGAUCGUCCCGUGAAAGAAUCAGCGUGUAGCUUGAUGUUCAACCGAGCCAUCGGUUUCGCUCCUUACGGUGUUUACUGGCGAACCCUCAGAAGAAUCGCAGCCACACACCUGUUUAGUCCGAAACAAAUCGGCUUAACCGAGUCGCAGAGGUCUGAAAUCGCAGCGCAAAUGGUUUCUUUAAUAGCGUGUAAUGGAGAAGAGUUCUCUGUAAAGGAUAUACUCAAGAAAGCUUCGCUCAACAACAUGAUGUGCUUGGUGUUUGGCAGUAAUUAUCAACUGAGUUCGUCAAAUGGUGAAAGGGAUGAACUCAGUCGGCUCGUUGAAGAAGGUUACGAUCUAUUGGGGAAGCUCAAUUGGUCUGAUCAUCUCCCAUGGCUCGCGGGUUUAGACCUUCAAAAAAUCCGGUUUCGAUGCACCCGGCUUGUUCCCAAGGUGAACAAAUUUGUGAAUAGAAUCAUUCAACAACAUAAACUCCGAACCCAGAGAAGAAACCAUGAUUUUGUGGAUGUUUUACUUUCUCUCACUGGAACAGAUAGACUCUCGGACAACGAUAUGGUUGCCGUACUUUGGGAGAUGAUAUUCAGGGGAACGGAUACGGUUGCGGUUCUAAUAGAGUGGAUACUAGCGAGAAUGGUGCUUCACCCUGAAAUCCAAUCGAAACUGCAGGCCGAGCUCGAUGAAGUCGUCGGAAAAUCACGAGCGUUGACAGAAUCAGACAUUCAAUCCAUGGUGUACCUGCAGGCAGUAGUGAAGGAAGCUCUUAGGCUGCACCCACCUGGUCCACUUCUAUCAUGGGCUCGGUUGGCGAUUACGGACACCACCAUCGAAGGAUACCAAGUGCCUGCAGGGACCACAGCCAUGGUUAACAUGUGGUCCAUCACCAGGGACCCCGAAAUUUGGGUGAAUCCCCUCGAGUUCAUGCCGGAGAGAUUCGUGCCCAAGGACGGUUGUGCCAAUGUCGAGUUCUCCGUGUUGGGGUCCGACCUCCGGAUGGCUCCCUUCGGGUCGGGCCGUAGGACUUGUCCGGGAAAGACAUUGAGUUUGGCUACUGUUAACUUUUGGGUAGGAUCCUUAUUGCAUGAAUGCAAGUGGAUACAAUCGGAUGCUGAUCCUGUUGAUCUCACUGAGAGGCUGAGGCUGUCCUGUGAAAUGGCGAAGCCUCUUAAGGUCAAAGUGCAGCCUAGGCGCACAUCAUAAAACAAGUUCAAUCACAACAAAAGCAAUAUAUACUACCCUUAAUUAGUAACCAGCAGGUGUAAGAUAUAGAUACGGCAGUGUUUUCUCUAAUAUCUCUAAACCCUGUGUCUUGAUC